ACGGUGGUCUGCAGAGGCGCAGACGGUACUGCAACAAAGGGCUGAGUACACUCUGUCGAGUCCUCCGAUACCUCAGCUCCAGUAGCGAGAGGGGGGAACCGCGACGGAGAUGUCGGGAAGCUCAUUACUGAGGAGGGUGCAGGUGUACACUGCACCGUGGUUAGGAGGCGCCGCGGGGAUGAGAGGAGCCGGGGGGGGACUGAGCACGACGCUGGUGGGAAAGGUCAUCGUAGUGGCGGUCGAGGGCGGUGGUAUAAGGGCACCGCGAGGAGGUAUGGUCGUCCAAGUGGCAGCGCAAACACCCACUCCGACCCAAAAUAAUCGCGCGCUCCUCAGCGGAAAGGACACCGCGAGGAGGGACAAAGCCCUGAGGGAGGUCCUGCUGAGGGACCUCGGGGGGCGACGCGCCAGCAUGACCGAGGCGGCUGCGUGCCCGCGAGAGGGCGGAGAGGAUGAGAUGGAAGCGCUCGGUCAUAGGAAGAGUAAAGUCCUCCAAGUGGUGUUGGACGGCCUCGCCGAGGUCGAGGUCGUCGCUAUUGUCACCCUCUGGCGACAGCGGGGCACCAACGUCCUGCUCACCAUACUCGAGCGCGCUGAAGCGGCGCGAGAAGUGGCGGCCCUGCUGCGCGGAACGAAGGGGGCGACCUCGAAAAGGGAAACGGCGCUGGGAAGUGCCGUGAGAGGAGGAGGAGGCAUAGCCCGUGCGUUGAGGCUGGGAGGAGGAGGCGGGGUGAAGACGGGCCCGCAUCCGCUGAUGGUCCCUGGCGGCCUCGUAAGCCUGCGGGGCCGAUGUGAACUCGUACCGCCAUAACUCGGAGCGGUACUUGAGCGGGAGGCUGGCCAAGAAACGAUCGAUAAGGGCAGCCUCG